AUGCGAGAUUUGGAAUGGGAUAACAUGGGAAUGAAAGUUGACGACCGGUAUUGGCACCAUCUUCGUCUCGCUUAUGACAUCGUUGUUAUUACAUCGAGCGUCAAUCAGGCGGAGCGGAUGCUGGCCGUAUUUGAUGAAACGUGUAAAAAGAUGGAUCUUCAGCUGAACUUAAACAAGACGAUAUUUAUGAGGAACGGAUGGGUUUCCGAUGUCCCAUUCACGCUCAACGAAUAUAUCCGAAUGCUCCAGCUAUCUGUACCUAAGUUGGGAAAUCAGCAUGAUGAACGACUUGACUUCCGACCCGACCUGGGCAGAAGGAAACGAGCGGCUUGGAGAGCGUUCAAGAAGAUCGAGGAUGUAGUGAAGAGGACUAAGAACAUGCGGUCCUGUUCUCAUCUAUUCAACACCACCAAGUUUCUUCCUGCUUUGACUUACGCUUCAGAAACAUGGGCGUUUCACAAGCAGGAGGAAAAUGCGAUCAGAGUCAUAUAA